UGUCCGCGGCACACAGCUGCCUCUCCACAUCCACACUCUACAUUUCGCACUCUAACGCGACCGGGUGGUGACUUUAUGGUGACAAAUGGAGACCUUUAAUCAUGAACUGAACACUUACUUAGAGUCAUGGAUGGGUCCCAGAGAUCAGCGGGUGCAAGGAUGGCUGCUGCUCGACAACUACCCACCAACCUUUGCCCUCACAGUCAUGUACCUCCUGAUCGUGUGGAUGGGGCCCAAGUACAUGAAGCACAGGCAGCCGUACUCCAGCAGAGGCCUCCUGGUGCUCUACAAUCUGGGCCUCACACUCUUGUCCUUCUACAUGUUCUACGAGCUUGUUACGGCCGUUUGGCAUGGGGGCUACAACUUCUACUGCCAGGACACUCACAGUGCACAGGAAGUGGAUAAUAAGAUCAUCAAGGUCCUGUGGUGGUACUACUUCUCCAAGCUCAUCGAGUUCAUGGACACCCUUUUCUUUAUUCUACGGAAGAAUAACCACCAGAUCACGUUCCUUCACAUCUUCCACCAUGCUAGCAUGCUGAAUAUCUGGUGGUUCGUAAUGAACUGGGUACCCUGCGGCCAUUCAUACUUUGGCGCCUCCCUAAACAGCUUUGUCCACGUUGUGAUGUAUUCUUAUUACGGUCUGUCAGCCAUACCAGCCAUGCGGCCGUACCUUUGGUGGAAGAAGUACAUCACACAGUUACAGCUGAUCCAGUUCUUUUUAACCAUGUCCCAGACGAUGUGUGCGGUCAUAUGGCCAUGUGGCUUCCCCAAGGGAUGGCUGUACAUCCAAAUAAGUUACAUGGUCGUGCUCACUGUCCUUUUCUCAAACUUCUACAUACAGACGUACAAGAAGCACAGUGUUUCUCUAAAGAAGGAGCAUCAGAACGGCUCUCUUCUAUCGACCAAUGGACAUGUAAAUGGCACGCCAUCAACGAAGAGCACUGAACACAACAAACUGAGGGUGGAUUGACAUUUGAGAAACCGCCACCUAAUUAUCACUGUGUAGCGUGUUAGCUUAUGCUACUAGGAGGUAUCUUCUUAUCUAGAAUAGUUUAGCACUCAGUCGAGAUGAAAUACGCCAUAGCCAUAUA